AUGCUUUGGAUUAGGAGAUUCUCUGGGUUUUUCUCCGCCGCAAUGGCAGUGAUUGUCUUAUCUCCGUCACUUCAAUCAUUUCCGCCAGCGGCGGCAAUCCGUUCAUCACAUCUCGACUCUUACCUCCGACCUCAACCAUCGGAUCGGAGUUUGUUAUCAUCAUCCUUCAGAAAUCCCCUGUGUUUCGUAAUGCCGACGAAUGUCUCUCCUCCGGCGUAA